GCUUGAUGUGUUGGUAGCGAUGGCACCAGUCGGAUUUUGGGGUCCUCCUACUUCGACAUUGGAUUGGUGUGAAUCCAAUUACGAAGUCACGUACUAUGUCGCCGAGUUUUGGAACACGAUCAGCAAUGUGGUGAUGAUCAUUCCACCGGUGUUGGCAGCCUACAGGUCCUGGAAGGUCGACACAGAAAUGCGAGUCACACUCAGCUACCUGGCGUUGCUAUGUGUUGGAAUCGGAUCUUGGUGCUUUCACAUGACGCUUCGAUAUGAAAUGCAGCUACUGGACGAACUUCCAAUGAUAUGGGGAAGCAUUAUCUUUGUCUACGCAUUGUUUGAGGCGCACGCGCCGCCCCGCGGUUCCCUGAGGCACUCCCUCGUCGCACUGCUCUGCUUCUACUGCUUCUUCGUUACCGUCGUUUACGUCACCAUUAAGGAUCCGAUUAUUCACCAGACUGCUUACGCUAUACUGGUGGUGACGUUACUCUACAAGACCAUUGAUGUGUCGAGGAAAUGCGAUGAGUAUAGUCGGAAGCUGGUCAUCACUGCGACGCUCACCUAUGCUGUCGGAUUCACCCUGUGGAACAUUGACAACAACUUCUGCUUUCACGUCGGGUUGCUGAGGUCACGAUUGCCAUCCGCUCUCCAGCCACUGACGCAGCUGCACUUCUGGUGGCACAUCAUUGUCGGUUACUCCACCUACGUGCACAUCAUCUUUGCCACGUAUGUACGAUACAGCUACUUGAAGAAGUCGUUUUCCGUGGAGUGGCUCUACUCCUUUUACCCUUACCUGGUAUGCAGCACCGAAGAAAGAAAGAAGGAUCCCGGAAUCACACAAAACGGAAUGAAGCAAAAUGGAACGUACCAGAAUGGAAUACAUCAGAAUGGAAUGCAUCAGAAUCGGAUCUGUCCUUAGAAGUGGGCGGCUUGCGAGAAGGAGAAUCGGUGCGCUUGCAUUUAUACCCGCGAAGGUUCGACCACAUCUGGCGCACAUCAGGUUGACCUUCACCUCCCGCGUCUCCGGAGUGCAUCUGAAUUGUCGCCGGGGCACGCCUUCGCUUCUCGUCACCAUGGAAACCGGCAUCGGAAGCGUGGAUGUGAGGAAGCUGACACGAUCUGUCGGUUGUUAUUGGGUCCUUGAUUUCUCUCUCAACUGCAUUGGCAUUUUGCUCAAGCAAAAAUUGAUGAAAUUUGAGGCUACUAUCCUUCGCCACGACUACAAACCUGUGAGUGGGUUAAGACUGGGAUUGCAUUGGCGGGUGUGCGAAAUCUAUCUAGCACGCAUGAUGGAGCUAGCAGCUCUGUCUAGCAUAUGAUUUGGCUCUUUUUGCGAGUUCAUUUUUGUAUCGUGAAUCAUAGUAUAGAGCAGCUAUCGUUUGUUUUUGUCUUUUUGCUCAGGCCGAGAUCUUCUGUUAUUAUUUUUGUGCAUUUAUUUCUGUCAGCUGGCCAUAUGAGACUGCUUGCCGUGUGGAGACAUCACACGGUAGAGGUGCGUAUUUAUGUAAAUAUGUGGUUCGCCGACAUGGUAGCUGAUUAGACUUGCUCCCUAUCUCGAUUUCCCCGUCAAGACUUUUGUCUCUUCCAGUGUUUUUUUUUCAAGUUCACCAGAACACAGACGCGGCUGCUUAAAACCGUCUAGAUCUUAUAUACACAGAGCUAUCGAAUAGCUAACACCAUCGGCGCGGUCGUGGUCGCCGUGGUAUCUCAUCUGGUCUACGAUAUCGUCUACCAAAUGUAUGCUGAGAGACAUUGACAUUUCCAAAAUGCACGAGCGGCAGCUUUUAACUACCCAUUCUCACCGCUCCCUACAAAUUUGCUGAUAGAAACAUUUGAAGUUCCACGUGCGUGAUUGGCGCAGCUUGUGUCACGUGAUCGUGAAGCGACUUUUGCGAUUCGUUGCCCGAAUCUUUCGACACUGGCUUGACGAAUCCCAUUACUGUUCACCCGCCAACGUGUUCAAGCUGCUUGCGUCAUUUAUGGGGAUAUUGAUAGGUGAUUAAAACAUAUGAGUCAGUCCAACAAUCUUUGGUAAAUGUAAUAGAUAGGUCCACACUGUACGUAGAAUAUCAGAAACGUACACAGCUGAAAGGAAAUGGCUUUGCCUUUUUACACAUAGCCAUGCAUAUACUAUCUAUAGCAUACUACCAUAAACGUAUAUAUUACUUGAUUUAUCUUUUUCUCAGAAAUGUUGCAGCCUACGUACUGUCAACUUGUCAAGCUGUUGUAUACAAUGCCGACGUCAUAAAUCCUAUUGCGCCACUCGACCUCAGAGGUGGUGCAUAUCAUACAUUCGUCUGCAUCCUUCGUUCUUGAAAACGAGUCCCGUGCUCAUCCCACUUGCCAUUAGAGCCUGGUGCUUCGUUGUUUCUGAUUAGAGUUAGGUCUUGAGUUACUUUAAGCCCACUAUAUAUCAGGCACGGAAUAUUUUAAGACGCCAUGACUGCUCGCUUUCAUUUCGAUAAGUAUUACUUCACUUACUUUUUACGUAAAGUCUCUUUAUCUAGGUUGCGGUUAGCGUAGUUCCCCCGCGUUUCUAUUAGUAUCGUUAUGAUCGUUGACUCUACGUUCGUUGCUAUUUCCGAAACGUAACGUGAAGUAUACUAAAAUAAACAAACAAAACAAAAGCUUGAAACGAUAUCUGGAUUCGCACAAACCUGGUGUCUGUUGAUCAGUGUCCCUAUCCAGCCGACAGGAUUCUGUUUUCCCCCUUUGUUGAGUCUGCUUUCAUCCUGACUACCUUCCUUUCAAUUGUAUCUGCAUUUGCAGUGUACGUUGAGAAACACUGUUUCUAAUGAGAGCGAGUUGGUGCUGAUUAAGACGCGAGUAAAUCACACCAUCUUAAUUACUUCAUUAAUAACUGUGAUGUGCAUUUAUUUGACAGUAAUACAGAGAUAUUUCCUGUGCGUACCGUUGCCUAAUUGGAAAUAGGUGAAUAACAAAAGUAUGUUAACGGCUUGGGUAAUUAAUGUUGGUAGUUUGGCCAGUUGAGAAUCAAAAACAAAUGUACUAUUUUGAACAUAUGGUACUCUAUUAGGCUAAUGCUGAAGUUGCAUCAAAAGUUUGUUGUACAUGUAUUACUAUCCGGUAUUUUUAUUAAUUUUUCAGGGGGGCAGCUAUGCAAUUUUAUAUAGAAAUUUCUACGGUGUAAUGGAAUUAAGUUCGAUAAUGUAGUCGCCAUCGAAAGGAACCUUUCCAAAAAAGAACUAUCAGUAAGAAGUCGAGGUCCCUUCGGCAGAAACUCUCCGAAAUGAUGGUCGUGAAACAAGUCCAUUAUAAGCGUCUGUUGUUAGAGAGCUUGUGUUGACGUAGUGUAGCUGAGAGGGUCUAUGUCCCCCAGGGUACUGCCGGAACGUACCCUGGUACUAAAUA